AUGCAGGAAGGAACGAGGUCCACCCCUCUCCGUCUUGGGUCGAUUGCCCCCAACUUUCAAGCCGAAACUACCAUCGGCCCUAUCGACUUUCACGAGUGGGUCGGCAACAAUUGGGCGAUUCUCUUCUCCCACCCGGAGGAUUACACCCCAGUCUGCACCACGGAGCUGGCCGCACUGGCCAAAUACGAGCCCGAGUUCACCAAGCGCAACGUCAAGUUGAUCGGUCUCUCUGCCAACGACAUCGAGUCGCACGAUGGCUGGAUCAACGACAUCGCCGAGAUAGCCGGAUGUGCCUUGACCUUCCCCGUCAUUGGCGAUAAGGACCGCCAGAUCGCUUAUGCCUAUGAUAUGCUUGAUCACCAAGAUAUUACCAAUGUGGACGCUAGGGGAAUCGCCUAUACCAUCCGGUCUGUAUUCAUUAUCGACCCUAAUAAGGUCAUUCGCCUGAUUCAAUCCUACCCUGCCUCCACGGGCCGUAACACAGCCGAACUUCUCCGCGUACUCGACUCUUUGCUCGCUACUGACAAGCAUUCCAUCAAUACCCCCGUCAACUGGGAGCCCGGUGAUGAUGUGGUUGUACCCUCCCACAUCGCGGAUGAGGAUGCCAGGGCCCGGUUCCCUAACAUGCAGGUGGUCAAGCCGUACCUGCGGUUCACCCCGUUGGCCAAGGAGAGUUUUUCCUCCAUUUGA